GAGUGUGCAGAGCGAGAGAGACGCGUCGCCCUCCUCCUCCAACCCGCCGCCGCAGCAGCGCGUCCCUCGGCGUUCCUGCGCGAGCGUAGUAGGGUUAGGGUUAUUUUGGCGUUGUCGCCGCCAUGGCGAUCCUCUCGGAGCUCGGGACGGAGGUGUUCGUCCCCGUGGCCGCGGCCGUGGGCAUCGCGUUCGCCGUCGUGCAGUGGGUGCUCGUCGCGCGGGUGAAGCUCAGCGAGGACGCGGCGGGCGCGUCGGGGGGCGGUAAGAACGGCGGGUACGGGGACUACCUCAUCGAGGAGGAGGAGGGGCUCAACGACCACAACGUCGUCGUCAAGUGCCGCGAGAUCCAGAGCGCCAUCUCCGAAGGGGCAACAUCGUUUCUCUUCACGGAGUACCAAUAUGUUGGUAUCUUCAUGUCGAUCUUCGCUGUUGUGAUCUUCCUCUUCCUUGGUUCGGUCGAGGGAUUCAGUACAAAGAGCCAGCCUUGCACAUACAGCAAGGACAAGUACUGCAAGCCAGCCCUUUUCAAUGCACUCUUUAGCACCGCGUCUUUCUUGCUUGGAGCUAUCACCUCUUUGGUCUCUGGUUUCCUUGGAAUGAAGAUCGCCACAUUUGCCAAUGCCAGAACUACCCUGGAAGCGAGGAAGGGUGUUGGGAAGGCGUUUAUCACCGCUUUCCGCUCUGGUGCUGUCAUGGGCUUUUUGCUUGCAUCAAGUGGUCUUGUGGUUCUUUACAUUACCAUUAAUGUAUUUAAGUUGUAUUAUGGUGAUGACUGGGAGGGUCUUUUCGAGUCUAUCACUGGUUAUGGCCUUGGUGGCUCUUCCAUGGCUCUCUUCGGAAGGGUUGGUGGAGGCAUCUACACUAAGGCUGCUGAUGUGGGUGCUGAUCUUGUUGGCAAGGUCGAGAGGAACAUCCCUGAAGAUGAUCCUAGGAACCCAGCUGUGAUUGCUGACAAUGUUGGUGACAAUGUCGGUGAUAUUGCUGGAAUGGGAUCAGAUCUCUUUGGCUCAUAUGCUGAAUCAUCCUGUGCUGCUCUUGUUGUUGCAUCUAUCUCAUCUUUUGGAAUCAACCAUGAUUUCACUGGCAUGUGCUACCCACUGCUUGUCAGCUCUGUUGGCAUCAUCGUUUGCUUGAUCACCACACUCUUUGCAACUGAUUUCUUUGAGAUCAAGGCAGUGAAAGAAAUCGAACCUGCUCUGAAGAAGCAGCUCAUCAUCUCCACUGCUUUGAUGACUGUUGGUAUUGCAAUAAUCAGCUGGCUGGCCCUCCCGGCGAAGUUCACUAUCUUCAAUUUUGGUGCUCAGAAGGAAGUGACCAACUGGGGCUUGUUCUUCUGCGUUGCAAUUGGUCUGUGGGCUGGUCUGAUCAUUGGUUUUGUGACAGAGUACUACACUAGCAAUGCAUACAGCCCUGUGCAAGAUGUUGCAGAUUCCUGCAGAACUGGUGCUGCCACUAAUGUCAUAUUUGGUCUUGCUCUGGGAUACAAAUCAGUUAUCAUCCCAAUUUUCGCUAUUGCCGUCAGCAUCUAUGUCAGUUUCUCUAUUGCUGCAAUGUAUGGCAUUGCAGUUGCGGCUCUUGGCAUGCUAAGCACCAUUGCAACUGGCCUUGCCAUUGAUGCUUAUGGCCCUAUCAGUGACAAUGCUGGUGGAAUCGCUGAGAUGGCUGGUAUGAGCCACAGAAUCCGUGAGAGGACUGAUGCCCUUGAUGCUGCUGGCAACACAACUGCUGCUAUUGGGAAGGGUUUCGCCAUUGGAUCAGCUGCUCUGGUGUCCCUUGCACUCUUUGGUGCCUUUGUCAGCAGAGCUGGAGUGAAGGUUGUUGAUGUCCUGUCUCCAAAGGUCUUCAUUGGUUUGAUUGUUGGAGCCAUGCUUCCGUACUGGUUCUCUGCCAUGACCAUGAAGAGUGUUGGAAGUGCUGCCCUCAAGAUGGUUGAGGAGGUUCGGAGGCAAUUCAACACCAUUCCUGGGCUGAUGGAGGGAACCACCAAGCCUGACUAUGCGACCUGUGUCAAGAUCUCCACUGAUGCUUCCAUCAAGGAGAUGAUUCCUCCUGGUGCUUUGGUGAUGCUCACCCCGCUCAUCGUCGGAACCCUGUUUGGUGUGGAGACUCUUUCUGGUGUUCUGGCUGGUGCUCUUGUUUCUGGAGUACAGAUUGCCAUCUCAGCAUCCAACACUGGUGGUGCAUGGGAUAACGCAAAGAAGUACAUUGAGGCUGGUGCCAGUGAGCAUGCACGGACCCUCGGCCCCAAGGGAUCAGACUGCCACAAGGCCGCUGUGAUCGGUGACACCAUUGGAGACCCCCUCAAGGACACAUCAGGCCCGUCGCUCAACAUCCUCAUCAAGCUCAUGGCCGUCGAGUCCCUUGUGUUUGCGCCUUUCUUUGCCACACACGGUGGUCUGCUGUUCAAGUACCUCUAAGAACACAAUACCAGUGGCAGCGGUACUACGAUGAGUAAGAUCUACGGACAUCACGAAUAACAUCUGCCAGCUGCUCGUAUGUUGUGCUUGGCAUGGCCGCGCUGUUUUUUUCGGUCUCAUGUUGUCUCAGGAUUGCUGUUGUCUUUUCUUUGGCCUCUUGGAGGUGUUACCUUAGCCUUACUGUUAGCUUCACUUAGGAGAUACCAGAGUCCAGAUGUUCCCCCAUCUCUGGUGCUGUGUCCGGCAAAUUUUCCUCGUCCCAUGAUGACGAUGAUAAUGUUGAACUCCUGGACAAUGAGAUGUUGAUUGUUGCAUGUUAGUUACUGGUGGUACAUCUCUCCAGCUGAUCAAUUUGCAGUCAUUUUCCA